CUGGCAACCCUCGGCACCACCACCACCACCACCACCGCCUAUGUGUACUUAAAGCUUGCAGGGGACAGUGCCACUGCACAGCUGAAGUCGUUCCCUCAUCAUGUCUAAGUCGGGAGACCUGUACAGCCUCCUGGGGCAGCAGUACGCCACACAGGAGAAUUACCCAACUAAGAAAUGCAAAUACUUCUUCCUGGGCUUCAUCACAACUCUUGUUCUGAUUCUUCUAGGUGGUGCAGCAUAUCAGCUGUACAUGUCAUCAAGCAAAGUGGUGACCGUGUCCAAUUUCCGGCUAACACCCGGCCUCAGGUGGCCAGAGCCUCCCCCACAUGACCAGGUGGCCAGAGUGGCUCGAUAUGUGGUGCACACCUCUGAAUGGGGUUCCUUCGCCACAAUCUCCACAGCCAGUUCUAUCAAGGGAUACCCUUUUAGUAGCAUCAUCAGCAUCAGCGAUGGCCCAGUGGACAAGUCUUCUGGCACUCCCUAUGCUUACAUCACACGCCUAGACCCUUUCGGCAAGGACUUGCUGAAGGAUACCCGUGCCUCGCUGUCCGUCUCCGAGGCCCAGUCUGAUUACUGCCAGAAACAUGAUCUUGACCCUGAGGACCCCCGGUGUGCCCGUGCCCUCCUUACGGGCACUGUAGAGGAGAUAAAGAAUGGGACACGUGAAGCCGAAUUUGCUAAAACAGCUAUGUUCUCCAGGCACCCUGUAAUGCAGACUUGGCCGCAAAAAAAUCAUAACUGGAUAUUUGUAAAGCUGAAGAUAGAGCACAUCUACGUCCUGGACUAUUUUGGUGGUGCCAAGGAGGUGGAUGUUGUGGAUUACUACAAUGCUGAAGUGUGAGUGUCCAGCAAAAGGUGUCACAAAAUACACAAAGGCUCCACUGAGGCUACUUGACUGUCCCAGGCUGUGUAAUUAUUCCAUAAAAAGUUAAGUCUUCACCGGGAGUUUUAGAAUUCAAACUGUUACAUUUAUAUUUGAUGAAUAAAAAAAUAUGAUUAUA